AUGACAUAUGAGCAAGCUAGCCAUGGCUCGAUUCAAAAUCUAGCGGAACCUACCUCUGGGCUCCUUUACGACGAUGUAAGAGUGUUUUGUUGGGUAGCAACUCAUCCAAAAAAUCACAAGACAAAGGCGCGAGCAGUGGCGGAGACUUGGGGUCCCUUAUGCAAUCAAAUCGUGUUUGUCUCUAAUGCUACAGACGACAGUUUACCAGUGAUUGUUGUGAAUUUGACAGAAAGUCGGAACGAGUUGUGGAGGAAAACGCGAGAAGCAUUCAAAUGGAUUUAUAAUAACGUUCUGACAGACUACGACUGGUUUCUCAAAGCUGACGAUGACACUUACAUGCACAUGGAUAACCUUCGAGCAUUAUUGGUGGUGAAUAUAAAUAUCUGGAACUCUUUAGCGAUCUCAGCGAGGAGGGAGAAAGAUGAAAAGAAUGAAGAUUCUAUAAGAGGUUACUCACCAGACGAACCCAUUGCAAUUGGUCACCAGUUCACGAAAGAUUGCCCUGACUAUCAUAGCGGUGGUGCUGGAUACGUUCUUAGCAAGGAGGCGGUUAGAAGGCUUGUAGGUGAAGGAUUUGCCAAACUUACCAGCUGCAACAAAAGGAAUCCUUUUGAAGACGUGUUUUUGGGGCUUUGCCUGAACAAAACUAACGUCACCAUCACUGACGGAGCUGACGAAAAUGGAGCCUAUAGACUCACAGAUGGCUUUAUCAUGCUCUACUCUUUCAUUUUACGAAUCUACAAUGCGAUCUACAAUUCUGACAUCAAGAAAUAA